UAAUUUAUUUUCUCAAUGUUGUUGAAAAUCUGUGACAAAAAAACACUUAGGACAGUGGUCGAAAUUUUUAUUCCGGUGCCUCCAUCCAAUUUGACCUUGCAAAUUUUCUUGCUUUGGCACGCAGAACCAACUAGCAAGAUGGUUGAGAUGCGCUAUCCUUACACGUUUGCUGCCAAGUUUGUGCGGUUUCCAUGGUCUUGGACCUGGAAGAAUGGACGUUUCAUUCGUUUUACUGCAUUAUCUUUCGCAAUCUGCUUUCCAAUGUUCUACACAAUUCAUAAAGCAGUGAACUCGCCUGAGAAUGUAGCAAUGUGGGAAGAUAAGAGGAAACAUCGUCUGGAACCCCAUUUCAAAUAAACAGGGAUCAAGUUAGGAAAUCUCUUAUAGUUGUAAUAAAAGGUUUUGUGUGGAUUUUAUACUAAAGUUUACCAUAAACUGGAAUUAGCCGGGAAACACUAUGUCACAGAAAAAACCCAAAAUGGGCCCUCGAGAACUCUUCAGUGAGUUAGGUUGAAUACAUAAGGAACAUCUUUUAUGGAGAGGACUUUCAAAAUAAUAACUGAUUAGCUGCAAUGAAAUCAUCUUGCUAGAAAAUGAUGUUCCAGCUGGAAUUUAAGGAAUGAUCAACAAACUAAAAACACAUCAGGAUUGUGACUAGUGAUUGCUCAUUCUCCUCACGAAGAAGAAAAAACAAAAAAGAGCUUUCUGUGUUUCUGUACAUAAAUGUAUGGUACAAAAUUGUGAAUAAUUAUAAGCUGAAUUUCAGUA